AUGAAGGUAGAAGGACCAAUUUGGAAAGCAAGAGCCAAAGAGGCAAAUUCUAAGAUCAUGGUCAAGUUUUCCGAGGCCGACCCAGUUCUCGGUAAACAGCUGUUUCAGGAUUUCAAUACGUGGAGGUCGGCCGAAAAAUUGGUCCAGAAACGACUUCACGAGUACAAGACACUCGAGGAGUACGGACGUGAUCGGAUUGAGGAUCUCGGAUGGUCAUACGUUAUUUCAUGCUCAAGACUCGGAAACAACAUUCAUCUCACAGAAGAGGAGGAAGCUUCCAUCAGGCCAGUAUUUCUUCCCCUCAAAUAUCAUGUCGGGUAUGUGAACGACUAUCUCUCCUGGGAAAAGGAGCUGAGACAUUUUGAGAUGAGUGGUGGAAGGGUGCCGCUCGUCAACGCAGUGAGCUUGAUCAUGCGAUGGAGUGGAGUCAGUGCCGCUACAGCUAAGGAAUCGUUAAGGCAGACCUGUCUUAAUCUGGAUAGUGAGUAUUUUCGUCUCAAAAAGGAGUACUUCAGGAUCCAUGAGGACACAAUGUCUGCAAGUCUGAGACGUUGGUUUGAUUUGUUUGAAACGAUCAUUGCUGGAAAUGUCUGGUGGCUUAUGAUGUCUUAUCGACAUGAUAUUUCCUCGGAUGGAUCCGGCUAUCGUGACUACUAUAACAAGCGAUGCAAUGAAGGGGCCAUAUGGUUAGAGGACUGCACCAAAUCCGAAGGUUUUUUGAGUGGAGGCACAGAAAUUCGGUUGAAAAGCCAGCAACCUGGUCAGCAAGUACCCUCUCAACUCAACGGGACUCACCUGGUCAACGGAGCAAGGCAAGAUGUUACAAACGGAGCACAAUCGGAAGAACGUCGCCAAGUAGUGAAGGUAAAGCCAUGUGAAAAGGAACCCGCCAAGAGUGUGCUAUUUACAGAUCCUGGCCUUCUGAUCAGCUUGGAUGAUCAUUUAGUCAAUCUCCCUGCUGAGUAUAUCUCUUCGCUGCCAUCUAAGGGCAUUCGAGCUCUUGUGGUUGACGCCUUGAACACUUGGUAUCAGGUACCUAAUAACACGCUGGAAACCGUGAAAGAAGUCUUGCAUGUGCUCCAUAACUCGUCUCUCAUGCUUGAUGACAUCGAAGACCGUUCAAAGCUGCGUCGCGGAAAACCAGCAACACAUGUUGUAUUUGGGCCGGAACGGACAAUCAACUCGGCUAGCUUCUUGAUUGUCCGAGGUCUGGAGUUGGUCAACAAACUAUCUGCAUCUGCAGUGCUAAUCUAUGCCGAGGGUCUCCGAUCACUCCACGUCGGACAGGCAUAUGACCUGCACUGGACAUGCUUGGCAAAGACACCGUCUGAGGCCGAAUACCUAAGCAUGAUUGACGCAAAAACCUCGGCACUCUUUCGCUUGGGCAGCAGCUUGCUGAAGCUAGAUGCAUCAAAGAACAGAAAUGUCGUCCUUGAUGGCCUUUUAAGACUUUUUGGGAGAUAUUUCCAAAUCCGAGACGAUUUUCAGAAUCUCGUGUCUACAGAGCAAAUUUGGAAGCGUCAGGAAGCUUAG